UGGGUGUGUGCAUACAACUCCUGCUCUACUACACAGUGUAAAAAAGGGGAGGGGACAUCAAAACAAUCAAGAGAACAGAAUCUCUGUUGCCUUCUCAUUCCUCCUCUGGAGCUUGUGAAAACAGCAGCAGCAACAACAACAACCAACUGACUGAGACAGUCCACAUUCUCUUCAAAACAGGAUAUUUAACCUCCUCCACCCUGUGGCCAUGGGAGAAGACUCAUCGCAUGCCGAGCGCAGCAGCAACAGCAGCAGCAUUUCGGUCAACCCCCAGCAUUACCAUGCACAGCAAGACAACAUGGACCUCCUGGUGCCCAGCUUCAGCCCCAGUUCGGCUCCCUCCUCCCCCUCUAACACACUCUCCAAGCUGGGCUUGAAAUCCCCCGGGAGCCCUGGCCCUGGAAGUCCCACCAGUCCAAUGGCCAGGGACCAGGUGAGUGCCAUCACAGUGGUGGCUCUACUCGACAAGCUGGUCAACAUGCUGGCGGCGGUGCAGGAGAACCAGCGGCGCAUGGAGCAGCGCCAGGCUGACCUGGAGGGUGCCGUGCAGGGGGUCCAGGGCGACGUGACUCGCCUGUCCAAGAACCACACCAGCACGUCCAACAGCGUGAGCAAGCUGCUGGAGCGCUCGCACAAGGUCAACACCCACAUGAAGGAGGUGCGGGAGCGUCUGGACAAGCAGGCGUCGCAGGUGAAGCAGCUGGAGGCUAACCAUGGACACCUGCUCAAGAGGAACCAUUUCAAAGUGCUAAUUUUCCAGGAAGACAACGAGAUCCCCUCCAGCAUGUUCAUCAAGGACUCCCCCAAGACCCCCCAGGCCAGCCAGCUGGAGGACAACGCCCCUGCGGCGCCCACCCCAUCCGUCACCGGCACGGAUGCCUACCGCUCUCAGGAGGAGGGUCUCCAUAACAUCAGCCUGUACUCUUCCGACAAUGACACCGGGGGUCUCCACGAGGAAGACGAAGCCCUGGAGGGAGAGGCAGCGCUGGGCCUAGAAGCGGCCCUGCCCUCCUUUGAGAGAUCCAAAGCCGACCGGCUGAAGAGUUCCAGCCUGAAGAAGGUGGACAGCCUGAAAAAGGCCUUCUCGCGCCAGAGCAUCGAGAAGAAAAUGACGAAGAUCAGCACCAAGAUCGUGCCGCCCGCGAGCCGUGAGAAGAUCAAGAAAAGCUUUAUGCCCAACCACCCCAAGAGCCCCGCUGCCAAGAGCUCUUCUUUCAAGGUGUCGCCCAUGAUGUUCAAUAUGAAAAAGUUGCGCGGCGAAGGGGAGGCCUCGCUGCAUCCCGGAGGCUCGCCUAGCGGGCAUGCCCACGUGGAGAUCCCUCCCCUGGGUAGCAUGGAUGGGGAUCUGCCCCUGGCUGAGGUGUACUCCCAGGAAGGGCUGGGUGUGGAAGGGGGAGAGGAGCUGGCUGGUCCUGCUAGCACUGGGAGAGUGGAGGCCGAGCUGACCAUCUAUGGAGAAGCGAGGAGCCUUGAGUGUGACCUGACCACCGAUCGUCUGCCGGGGCUCACUCUCCCGGAGCAUGGUGACGAUAUGGGAGAGGAGGAAGAGGAGGAGCAGGAGAGCCCGGUAGAGGUAAAGGCCCCCAUACCUGCUGUAUCUGGCAUCGCUGUGGAGCAAGCCUCUUAAUCUCAUCCCUCUCAUAUUUUGCUCCUGCACGUUCCCUGGCCAUUUUAUGUUAACAUGCCAACACUAUAGUCAUCCCUCCAUCUUUCCAAACCAUGUAUCCUCAGUCUGCCUACAUCUCAAGCUCCAGUGCCAAUGAUACUGAGCCUCUAAGCAUCCCCGGCACUCCAAUGCCUCCAGCCCUGCAUGUACGAUUGAUCCAGGAGAUCCAUGGACAUAUCCCAGAUCACCAAGCUUCCCAUUCAGAGAACCUGAGUGAUCAAGAGUGAUCAAGAGAUCCUGCAUCAGUUGCUCCUGCCUGGUGUGUAUAGCUACCUACCCUUCUGUGGGGCUACCUUAAGAAAAGAACCAGCAAACCAAGGGACUAUAACUCACCUUCCCAACUGGAACCUGGGCUUCUGAACAGCACAUCUCCAGGAUGCUGAGCCAACUAUCUCUCUCUGUUUGUGUGUCUUUGCAUGGGCCUCUCUGUCUGUCUGACGGAUAGUCUCUUUGUUCUCCUGCCUCGUGUGAAUACCGGUAAAUCUUUGGCAAAGAGGGUAAAGCCCACAGCUUGGAAGGGUAGCCCGUUGUCUGGGCAUUGGCAUGGUGGGGUAGCUAUGUUUCUACAGCAAGGUUGGUGUAAGGCUGAGGUUUGUGACAUGUGUAUUUGACCCAGGUCUGGAUGUAACCAUACAACCUGAGUGCAUGGUAAAAAUGGAGCCAUAGCAUUGAGGCAGCUUCAUGCCAUACCUACCUUAGUUCAUUUAUUUGCCAUAAUAUAUACUCAUCAGCGCUCUCAUGACAAAAACAGCUUGAAAAACACAGCUUGAAAGUGGUUCAUGGUUAAGGUUUUGGGGAGGGUAAGUUGAUAUUUCUGUCUUAGGGUAACGUCUACUGGGAGCAGCAUUGAGACAGGAGAAGAUGACUUAUGACCUUAAGGCUCUACAUACUGGGACUUUCCUAAACCACCCUAUAUCAGGGCAAUCAUAAUCUUAUGUCUAUGUAUAUAUUUGAUUAUAGGGAGUGCAUUAUCAGUAGGUAUAACGACUUAUAUAGAAUCGUGUUUAUUGAGUACUGUCACCUGACUUUCAUAAAUAUACUGUAAAAAAUAUAUAUGUUUUGGAGUUGAUUACAUGUGUGCAUUCGGUGCACCUAAUGUUAGCAUAGCACUCACAUAAACAAUGUUGACACAAUCUUAUAUGGUUGAAAUACACACAUGCACACAAACACUUGAUAAACUAGCACUGAGGCACCCACAAAGACAAUCACACACACACACACACACACACACACAUACUCCUACACGCACAGAAGUCUUCAAACUUACACAAGCUGGUGUGAGUAACUGCCAUCCUGGAGCGAGGAAUUCCUGUUUUGGAAGCCCUGUUUAAAAAAAACUGGUGACCAGCCUUUGUUGUGUUUUCGCUGGUGACCAGCCUUCAUUGUGUUUUCGUUGGUGACUAGCCUUUGUUGUGUUUUUGCUGGUGACCAGCCUUCGCACUGUUUUGGACACUGGUCAUCAGCAUACCAGCAUAUACUGCUCCCAAAUGGCGCAGCGGUCUAAGGCAUUGCAUCUCAGUGCUAGAGGCGUCACUACAG